AUGUGUUCCGGGGCAAUCACCAUGCUCGCCUGCGGCCACACGCUCACCCACCAGAGCACAACGCACUGCAAUAUCCAGCACGAACCGAUCAGCGCCCUGCAGGACUGCUGUUCCGAAUGUUACCCUCCGAUCCACAUCCGCGAGAUCAACCAAAAGUACGACUCGUUGAGGGAAGACACGAUGAGGGGGAUACGGCAAGCUACCUCGGAGCAGCGAUUCCAGGACGUGGGGGUUCUGAAGAAGGAGUCGAGGUUCAACGAGGCUGAGAGAGCAAAGAAGCUCGGGCGAUGGAAGAACGUCAAGUAUCGCUGGGAAGAGGUGGUCUGGCCAGGGAAAGAGGAAGAGUAAGUGUGAUGGAGGUUUUAUCCCUACCUAGCUAGUUCCCAUACAACACUACUUCUUCCAGAAAGAAAGAGGAAGAUAAGCCACAAAACAGAGGCCCCCCUUUCAAGCCUACCUUUUACAGACUCAUCCACACCCCCUAAUCAAGAGAUCCACAUACAUAUUAUUUACAUAUCCCUACAGCAGCCCACUCCGCUUCCCGAGCGGCGCCGUCCCAAUUCAACUUACAGAUUACCAAGGCCCCGUGAAAGUCUCGGUCGCCAGAGGCGACGGCAACUC